GCCUUAUUCAUAAAGCCAAAAAGUAGACACAACCCACAUGUCCAUCAGCUGAUGAGUGGAUAGGCAAAAUGUGGUAAUCCAUACAGUAGAAUAUUAUUCAGCCAUAAAAAGGAAUGUAGUACUGAUUCAUGCUACAACAUUGAUGAACCUUGAAAACAUGCUCAGUGAAAAGAAACCAGUCCACAAGAGGCAACAUACUAUAUGAUUCCAUUCAUAUGAAAUGUCUAGAAUUGGUUAAUCUAUAGAAACAGAGAGUAGAUUAGUGGUUAUCAGGGGCUGAGAGAGGAGGGGAGAAUGUGGAGUGACUGCUAAUUGUUAUAGGGUUAUUUUAGGGGAUAAUGAAAAUGUUCUGGAAUUAGAUCAUGGUGAUGAUCAAAAUUUGGGUUUCUUUGCCAUAAAAAAUAAUGCAGGAGUAUUUUAAAAUAUUAGAGUUUGCAUAUCACUGUUCAAAUGGAGGAAUUAAAAAGCUGGAACUGGCAAGUCCUCUGGAAGACUAAUGGACAAAGUUUGGUCAUUAAGAGGAAAAUUAAACUAGAUAUAGAAAUCAAUAUUGUGUGAGUCUGAGAUGUAUGCUACCUUAGGUAUUUUUCAAGAAACAUUAUCUUAACAAUAUCCUAACAAUAGGGUAACUAAAACUGAGAUCUUAAAACAUAGUUCUUAUAUCAGAGUACGGGGCAAUGGCGCCACUGCCUCACACAGCUCCAGGGGAUAUUUGUUAUUUUUAUGGGAUCUUAGGUGAAUGGUAACCACUGCAGUCCAGAGAACGCCUCGGCUUACUGGUUAAAAUAAUGAAGGACUUUUUAAAAUUAUUGCGAUUUUCAGAAGUUGGGAUCCUUUGGAUAGAAUGGAGUUUCAAUUCAACAUUUGUUGAGGUUCUGCCAUGUGAAAAGUACUGAAAUAAGGUACUUGGGAGGUGAGGACAGAAAAAUAAAUGAACCGUGAUUCUCAUCCACAAGAAAAUUAGAAAGUGGGGAAAGAGAGACAUAAACAAUGAAGGGAAAUACCAGGUAAGCUCCAUGAGCAUGGGCUUCUUGGAGAUAGUGGCAGCUACGGGGAAACUCGAAGGACAUAAAGGAUUUUACAGAGGUUGAAAAUAGGGGUGUAGAAUUGCACACAUGGGUUGGAGUCAAUGAAAGAAGCUCCAAUAACAUGAAUAACAUGCUUUAUAAGUUUGAGAUCAAUGGGGAUUUGAUGAGGAGUGAUAUUACAUGAUGUGAAAUGACAACUGAGAGCAAAGUAGUUAUCCUUUGCUUCUGUCCUUGGAAGAAUUUGUCCAUACCACUAUUAUUGUACCUGUUAAGGUAUAUUCUAAUUCAUUUGUUUUCAAAUUGGUCUCCCUUGUGAGCUGAGAACAUUUUGAGAGCUUUUCAUCUUCUUAGGAUCCCCAGAGCAAUGCCUGGAACAUAGAAGACACUAAAGUCUUGCUGAUCAAAUGAAUAGUGGCUCAGAGAGGGGCUAGUCUCUGAUCGGAGGCAAGACCACCAAGUAGGAGGUCUUGUAACAAAAAGUGCAUGAGAUGGACAAUGAGGCCCUGAGACAAGACAGAGGCAGCAGGCAUAGGGAGAAAGGGGUAGAUAUGAGAGACAUAUUAGCGGAAAAAUUAACAGAUUUAGUGACUUGAGGGGGAGGAUAAAAAAAAGGUGAAUCAAAAAAUGACUCUGACCUAAUUAACAUGUUUUUACAAAAAUAUAAAUGAAUUUUAAAGUUUCCAGUUUUAAAACAUUUGAUCUUGUUAUUAAAAUGUAUUUUCUAAAUGGAUCUUUCAUAGAAUAUUUAACCCAUUAUUUUAAGUAAAUUAAUUUAUGGUUAAAUUACUAGGUCUGAAAUAGGAUCUGAUUUGCAAUACGCAGACUGAGGGAUGAAGCAAAUCACAUAUUUUGAUAAUAAGUAGAAAUCCACAAUGAAUGUCUGGAGGGGAGGAGUGGACAUGCUCACAAAAUGCUAUGACAGAAUAGCACCUUUACAACUGCUAACACAAGGAGUCAAAGUUUCACUUGUGUGAAAAGUAAGAAGGGGGAAAAUGUCUGACUGACCCUAGAGUUUAGCACAAGUUUAAAAAAUUGAAAGCAUUUUAUUAUCAACUAGUGACAGUGAGUCCUCUUAACUUAUCACGCCUUUUCUCUAGGGAGAAUUUGUUAAAUUUAUUAUAUCACUAAUGGUUGUAUUCCAUUCUUAGAAGUUUUAGGUUAAUGAUGCCGUAAUUGUUUUUUUUAAGGAUUCCAUCCUCACUACUUCAGACUGCAAAACUGAUUCUCUUAAGAAUUUUGUCAGAAUGUUCUAAAAAGCCCAACUUCAGACUAUAAGCCAUUUACCAUUUCCAUUUCCUCUAUAGUAGGAAGGCUGUAAUUAUCCUAUUAGAAUUGCUUGAGGGUCAAGACUAUAGAGCAGCUUUUAAUAUGCAUAUUUUGGGGGAAAUGGAGCAAUUUUUUAAAAAGAAGAUUGGUCUGUGCUGGAAAUGGAAUAAAAAGCACUCUAAAUGAUGAAGUCACUGCAACCCUGCAGACUUAUGGGGCUGGCCAAGAAGUGUUCACUGAAUUCUGAAGACGACUCUUCACCCUGGGAAGUUUCAUCUGGCUUCCAAACUCUAAGAAAUCUUCAAAACAAACUUUUCAUAAAAGAAACUUCAUUGCAAGAGUUGAAGAGUGAACUAGAAAGUUAUAAAGAAAAUAAUGUGCAACAGUCAUUCCAGAUAAUGUCCCUGAAAGAUGAUAUCAAGGACCUACAUGAACUUAUUGCUUCUCUAACCAGAAUUAAAUCUUUGAAAAACACCAAUAUUCAGAAUCUUGAAAGAGGCAACUGGGAUCUAAUUGAAAGAAUUUUAGAACUAGAAAACCAUCUAAGAGUACAUCUGGUUGAAAGAGAAAAGGCAGAGCGAAAAGCAGACCUUUUGGAGAAAAAGUUAGCAAAUGCUAACAGAUUCACCCCUUGUAUGAACAUAAAAGGACAAGGAAAUUCCUUGGAUAGUUUCACGAUGAAGGAUAAGGGUGAAGCUAUCCUGGCCAAGAAUUUUGAGAGAGACAACAUUUCUCACUCUGAAGGACCAAAAGAUGGACAGAAAAAUUGGGAUAAAUGUGAACAUGAUUUGAUCCAUAAGGAAAAACAAAAGUAUGAGUUAGACCGACAUCCAUAUUUAUUCAGCUGGGAAAGUAAAACUGUGCAAUCCCACUAUCAGAAAUUCCUCAGUCAGCUCGCUACUCUUCUGAGCAACAGUGUCGUCCCCAUACCAGCCGCGGAGGAAGCUGUGAAACAGAGGAUUCAGGAAAUUGGUGCCAAUGAGCAAUCUUGGAAGUCUAGAACUGAGGGCCUUCAGCAGGAAAUUCAGAUGCUCACUAAGUGGCUGGAGCACCUGCAUCAGCAUGGUAAAGCCGCUGCCCAAGAAUCCCCCCACACUGAGGAAAAGCGUAGGGAACAAAAAAGACCCUUGAAAUACCUGGAAGGAAAAAUUGAUCUUAAUGACUUUUUUCAAGGGAGAUUUGACUUGGACAGGAAUAAAGAAAACUCCAGGAACAAGUAUUCCCAGACAGAUGAACAUGGCAAGAUGGUCAAAGAGCUAGAGAAAGACAAGCAACAAACAUUACUGAAUAUUCAGCAGAAUUUGCAGAUUGCUACAACUCAAAGAUUAGAGGAGAAAAUUCAGAAACUUCAGAAACAGCUCAGUGAUUUGAAGUUGUCAAAUAAAAAUAUGAAAACUCAACUGACAAGAGUAAAUGUCUUUAAGGACAAAACAAUUGAAAAGCUCAGGCAAUCUUUAACAAAAGCUGAAGCAAUGAAAAGGAAGGCAGUUAGGAAAACAGACAACUUGAAAACGACAUCAGACUCUGCUGAGCAAGAGGCAAGAUGGGACAAGGAGCGGGCCCAUCAGACGUUAAAUUCUGCCCCUCCUGAAGUCUGCACGGCGAAGAGCACACUUGAAGAAGUAUCAGGACAGCAACAAGAGUUUGUUGACUUUCGAGAAACUAUUAUGAAGAUGUUGGGAUUUAACAUGAAAACAUCAGACAAGACAAUCAUCAAUCACCUAAGGCUUAUUGUACAAGUUUAUGAAGCAUCUAACAAAUCAAAGCCUGCUUCUAAUUGUGAGACUGGACAGGAUAAUGAAUAAAAAAGUUCUGCCUUUUCAUUGCUGCCGAGAAGAUACGGACAUUUCCUCCAGCAUCUUGAAUAUGGCUAUGCUAUGAAUAAAAUGCAUUCAAAGAAUUUCA